AUGGCGCACUCCGAGGAGACGCUUCAACAGUUUAUGGCGGCCACAGGCGUCGCCGACCGCCACGUCGCCGCGCACUACUUGGAAAUGGCCGCGGGGGACGGCAACGCCGCGGCGCUUCUCUUCUUUGAUCAGCAGGACGAAGGCCUUCCGCCCGCUCCCGCUCCGGCGCCUGCUGCCCUCGCCCCUCCGAGAGCCCGGCGCGUCGGCGGCGGCGACACGGUGGGCGGCGCUGCCGACGGCGCCUCCGCUUCCGGCUGCGAGGAAGCGGGCGCGCUGGCCUCUUUUUCUUCCUCGAUCGCCUCGUCGAUGUCGGCGCUCUCUUCGUGCUUCUCCCCCGCGGCGAGCCCCGAAAAGCCGCGCGGCGGCCGCAGCCGCGAAGAAGACUCCCCGCGGAAACCCGACCCUGCGUACAGCCAGACACUCCUCACCCAGCCUCUCUACGGCGACCGGUCCGACGACGACCCCACCACGGCAGCUGAGGCAGUGGCGCUGCCCUCGAGUCUCACGGUGUCGAUGGACGCGGGCAGCUCGGCGUUCGCGGGGCUCUACGAGCCGCCGAAAGACCUCGUCUGCACGCUGCCCUUUGCCAAGGCAAAGGAGAUCUGCGUGCAAACAGGUCGCUGGCUGCUCGUGAACAUUCAAAAGGCUGACGAAUUCGAAUGCCACAAGCUGAAUCGCGACAUCUGGCGCGCAGAAGUUGUCCAGGACCUGCUGAAGGAAUUUUUCGUUUUUUGGCAGCGCGCGGAGUCGAACCACGAAGGCAGCAUUUUCUGCGAGCUCUACAAAGUCACCGCGUUUCCGCACAUCGCCGUCAUCGACCCGCGCACCGGGCGCUCGCUGAAGCAGUGGCGGGCGCGGCGCUUCUCAGAAGCCGUUGGCGCGCAGUCCGAGCUUUUCGAGUUCAUCGAGCGCCAGCAGCAGAUCACCGAGGCGAAAGCCAAGAGCACGCCGUCUGACCAAACGCCUCCUUCUUCGUUUUCUUCUUCAUCUUCGUCCUCUUCUUCCUCGCGGGCUGCUCCCCCAGGGUCCUCGCCGUGCGCCUCGGCGCCGUCUCCCUCCUCUUCGACUUCCUCUGCCUCUGCUAGUCGGGCGGUUGUCGGCGAGUCGGUUCGCGGCUCGAGUGAGCGCGACGCCCAUGGCCAAGCGGAGCGACGGCGGGCGGCAGAGGCUUGCGCAGAGUCGCGGCGCGUGCCCGAUUUGCAGGCGCUGCGCGAGAAGCGCCUCAAGGCGCUCGAGUCCCGGCAGCGAGUCGCGGAAGACGACUGA